AUGGUCAACAUGGACAUCGAUGCCACGCGCCGCAACAAGAAGCCGCGCCCUUUGAGCGACUCCGAGCGCGAGCGCCUGGAUGAGUUCAUCGAGAGCAUCCACUACUCGUCAAGACACGUGCAGCUGCCUAAGCAGAUGCUAAAGGCGAUACCAAAGGAAUACUUUGACGGUUCGCGAGGCACUCUUAAGCUGCUGUGGGAGGAUGAGUGGAGAGCUUUGGGUAUCACCCAGAGUCUGGGAUGGGAACACUACGAGGUCCACGAGCCUGAGCCGCACAUUCUGCUCUUCAAGCGCCCUAUCAACUACCAGCCCCCAGUGCACUAG